ACUGCAAGUACUGUACUGAAGGACGCGAUGUUACGCAUACAGCGUAUUAUUAGAGCAGGGGAAAAACAAUAAACAUAAGCAUGGAUUAAUACAGCCCUGGAACAGCAGUACUAUCCUCAGCAUUGACCGUUUAUCUGAAAGAUAAAAGAAUGAAAGAUUCUACAGUCUGUUUUGAAGUAAUGGUGUGAUGUCCAAUCAGCAGGCCCAGAAUGGAGAGGGAAAGGAUGUGCAUCCUCUGUCACAUUGUCUACAAUUCAAAGCAGGAAAUGGAUGAGCACAUGAGGAGCAUGUUGCACCACCGUGAGCUUGAGAGCCUCAAGGGCCGGGACUGCAUCCAUGAGUGCCGGGUUUGCCGGGUGUCGGUGGUGGGCCUCACAGAAUACGCCAGUCACAUCUCCAGCCCCCUGCACAAGCAGCGUGUGCAGGCACGCUGGCGUGAGGGCACGGGGGCACACCUGGAGGAGAAGUACUUCGAUGAGGAAUUGGCGCGCCUCAUCGAGAAACGGAAGGAGCUUAAUCGGAUUGAGGAGGAGGAAGCAAAAAAGCCGACCAAUAAAGAAGAGCGACAUAAGCAGCAGAAACAUCGAAUGGAACAGCACCGGGUCCAGCAGAUGGAAGGGCUGCAGCGCUGGGGCUACUCUAGAUACCCUCAGCUCUCGAAAGGCUUCAGCAUGCCCAGCUGGCAGGGAAAUGGAGGCGAAUGGAGCUCGGCAAGGGUGCUGCAGGACCGACCGUGGUCCUCUAGCCAUCAGAGCCGCAGUGCCACCUGGCAUGCUGAGGGAGCUCCUGACCUUCAGAAGUGGCGUUCUGUCGAUCAAGCAGUAACGAGCUUAGGAAGCGGCGCGUUGGGAGCCAGAACACGGGAGCUUGUGGGAUUCCCCCUGCAACAGAGACACCACAUCUCCUUGCCAGGUGGAGAUGGCAGCAGCAACCUAAGCCAGGGUGGGAGGUUCCACAAGCAGGUAGAGGCAGACUUCAGAAGCGACAGCCUUCCCCUGUUGGAUGCCAUUAACUUCAGGAAGGGACAUGGUGCCCACACUCAAGAGCAUGAAGAAUGGUCUGAAGAGCAUCCAAGCCACAUGGCUGGGAAUCAGAACAAAGAAGGAUCUUCUGGAGACAAAAGCAAAGGAAGGGCCUCUAAUCUCAAAGACAAAGUAAAUCGCUGGGCACCCUACCCUCCUGCCAAAUACAACGAGAUUAUGCCCUGGAAGGAAGUCAGCGACUCUGUGCCUGAAGACUAUCCCACAGUGACACCUGGCCUGGAAAAGAACACGAAGUCAAAUUCUGAUUUGCUACGAUGCAACACGCACUCAGUUCAUAAGUCAGGGAGGGAAUUGGGAGGAAGGUAUGGCACCUCCUCACCUCCUCAGAAUGACCAGGGUGAAGAUCGAGAGCAUUCAGAGAACAGUAGCCUGGCUUUGUCCUCUUCUAUAUUUAGAGAAGCAACAUCUGGAACCUUUUCCAAAUCCAAAUCUAGUCCCAACCAUAGACCCUCUACUUGUGACUCUACUGAGCUGAAACCUCACAGAAUCACCUUAAACUCUCCAAAGAAUCAUGAGCCAAAGUCACAACACCAGAGACUCACAGAGCUGAUGGGGAAAGCCAAAGCUUUUUUAAAGGAGAAUUCAGAACCUGUUAAUGCAUCAACAGCAGAAGUCAGUAUGGAGACUGUACUGUUUAUAGAGGAGAAACAGGGGCCAGACAGCAUUGAAUGUGAGGCUGGAGAAGAGAGAGAAUUAUUUAAAGAGAACAAGAAUCUCAACAGUGGUUACUCCACAGAAGGAUCCAGACUUGCUUGCUCCUUGCAGUCCAUCCAAGUGAGCACUUCGACCUGUAACAUCACAGAACAGUCUGUUCCUUCAAUUCCCAACAGAGGAAACAAAGUGGACGUAAAGGAAGCAGGACACCAGGAAGAAGACAACAGCAGAGAAGAGCAGACAAUACAUGCGAUGGACGAAGGAUUCGGUUCGGACAAUGAAGCCGGCAGGAACAGCCAUGAGCCACAAUGCUGUGGCUCUGAGGUGCCGGACCUUAGCAAGCUAGGCCUCCCUGCCUCUCUGAAGCGAGACCUGACGCGGCACGUGGGCUCUAAGCACAAGAUGGGGACCCAUGAGCCCAACCUGAAUAAUGCCCGCCGAAUCCGCAGCCUCAGCGGGAUUCGCAAGGGUGAAGCGGAGAAGGACCCCAGCCUGAAGCCGACCCUCCGGCAAAUCAUCAGCAGCUGCGGGUCCCGGAGGAACGUGAACUGGGACCAGGUGUAUCUAGAGGUGUGCAGAAAGAGGCAGGAGCAGGAAAGAGGCAUGCCAAGGUUUGGCAUAGAGAUGGUGACGCAGGUUCAGUAUGAAGAAGACAUUCCCUUUGCAGAGGGAUUCGACUGGAAGCCUGACUCUGCCUUCAACGGGGGCACCCAGCGCAAGCGUAGCUUCUCGGAGAGCAGCCUGGUGCCGGAUCACACCACCACCACCACGUUAGCACUGUUCACAAGAGCCACGCGCAGCACGUGCACACCAGAGAUGGACCUGCCCGGACCGUGUUCCAGAGGAACCGGCAGUGACGCUUCAGCAACAUCUGGGCCAGCUUGUGUGAAAGCGGAAUUGGAGGGGGGCAUGAGAGGGGGCUGCGUACCAGUUGGGGACCUUGCAGCGCCACAGAAAGCCCCCCAGGGUCAUGAGUCUGUAGAGGGGUACAGCAGCUGCACUUCCGGGCCAGAGAUAAAUGAUAUGCAGCAGGCUGGAAAAAAGCGUAGGGCAGCGGGGGAUGUUCCAUCCUCAGAAAUUCCCAGCCUGGAACGAAAGAGCAAGAGGAUGAAAAUCAAAUCUAAAAAAGAGCGCUCCCAGGUGGACCAGCUUUUAGCCGUGUCUCUGCGGGAGGAGCAGCUGAGCGGCUCCCUUCUGGCGGUGGAUGCCAGCCUGGUCCAAGCACGAGCCACUCUGCAGGCCACAUACAUGGAGGUACAGCGACUCCUCCUGGUGAAGCAGCAGGUGAGGAGUCACACAGGCCCUGACGUUCACCUUAGAAAGGUUACCACGGAGAUGAGCACACUCAGGACAAAACGCAUUGAGAUUCUGCAGGGGAUGAAAGAGGAAUAUACUGGCAUUGCUGAACCAGGAGAGAAGGACGCUGCGGAGGAACCUGCAACAGCUGCUACAUCCACUUUGCUGGCGUCGGCUCUGUCCGCGUCGGCUCUGUCAUCUUCCCUCUCCCCUCUGACUAACACCCCCUGCCAUGUCUCCGGGGCGCCCUCCCAAAGUGUCCUGCCCCCUUUCUCAGAACGCCCUGCCAGCAGGCCUUCGCUGCCCUCUGCUGAUGCCACCGCUGUCACGGAUGACUUGCACGUCAAGCAUGACCCUCCCUCCAAGUGUAUGCUGCCUCCUGACCCCCCCGUCGGCAGGGUUCUCCUUGACUUACUUGAUGCAUCUCAGGAGGCUUCCUGUGCCACCACAAAUGCAGACCAAAGCCUGUCCAGUCCGACCCGUAGCUUAUUGGCAGAGAGUCGACAGGCCAGCUUUGACUCCCAGGAGAGUGUGAGUCUGCACUCAGAACACAGCCAGGAUUACUUGAAGGGAGGCAGCUUCACGGGGUCUGUGCAGUAUCUGUCUGGUGGUCAUCUGCAGCAACCGACGACACUGGUCAAGAAGUGUCCUGCUUCAGCCCCCAUUGAGGACAAAGAUGAUAAGACCAUCCAGGCCACUGCACCAGCCAGCCAUAGAGACUCCAGUCUUGUUGCCACAGAAUGCACAGAAACGGUGACAGGAAGUCACGGCGGCAGGGCAGGUCGGACACGUACCCCCCAACCGGAAGCCCAGUCCUCACUCCCCUCAACGCUUCCUGAGUCCAAGAGCGGGAACCGCGUCCGGAGGCUAAGGAAGAAGAAGAUGCUGCGGAAAGCACUCAGCGGCGAGCAGCCGGAGAACAGUGACACCGAGCAGGAUGGAGAACCCGCGGGUCGCCCGGUCCGCAAGGUGAAAUCCAGAAAGAAAGCCAAAGGAUCGCCCACGUCCAGCACGUCCUCCAUGGUCACCAAGGGGAAGGAGCAGGAUGCCGCAGCAGACGGUGUUUCAUCAGGGUACAAGCAGCGUAAUGAAGACGCGGACAGUGUGGCUGAUUGCCGCUUAAAAAUGGUGGAGCUUCCUCAAGCCAAAUUCUCCAAAGUUAUCUCAAUUGAAUCCUCUGACUCCGAUGAUGGGUCCACCCUUCAUACUCCAGCCUCAAAGAAGUCAUCGACUUUAAAUGCCCCGUCACCCCCACCCUCAAUGCCCAGGGCAGAACCCCAGGCACUGGCCUGCGAUGAGGUCACCUCAACCAGCGAGUUGGAUGCCAUUUCUAGACCCAAGACUUGCUCAAAUAAAAUGCAACAAUAUCUGCCCUCUGUGAAAGAAUUAAAGUUAUGUUCAGAUGUGUCUUUGGAGCCUGGAGACGAGGAAGAACUCACUGAGGGUCUGUUUGAGGGCCACCAAGCAGCCAUCAGCGCCAUGCAGAUCCAUAACGGUCUGCUGUACACGUGUUCUGGAGAUCGCACCGUCCGGGCAUUCGACCUCGCGAACCGUAAAUGUGUGGCUGUGUUUGAGGGCCACAGCACAAAGGUGAACUGUUUGCUAGUGUUAUCUGGACCAGGACUACAACAGCGCCUGUACACGGGUUCGAGUGACCAGACCAUCCGCUGCUACAACUUAAAAACUAGAGAGUGUCUGGAGCAGUUUGUUCUUUCAGACCGAGUGCUGUGUCUCCACAGUCGCUGGAAGGUUCUGUACGCUGGCCUUGCCAAUGGAACGGUGGUCAGCUUCAGUCUGAAGACGAAGCGACAGCUGGACGUGUUCGAGUGCCACGGGCCCCGUGCGGUGAGCUGCCUGGCGUCGGCACAGGAGGGCGCACGGCGCCUCCUGCUGGUCGGCUCCUACGACUGCACCAUCAGCGUGCGAGAUGCCAAGAGCGGCCUGCUGCUUCGCACGCUGGAGGGACACACCAAAACUGUGCUCUGCAUGAAGGUGGUGAAUGACUUGGUCUUCAGUGGUUCCAGUGACCAAUCAGUUCAUGCUUACAACAUUCAUACGGGAGAACUAGUGCGGAUCUAUAAGGGUCACAGUCAUGCUGUCACUGCGAUAACUAUCAUGGGAAAGGUGAUGGUCACUGCUUGUCUGGACAAACUGGUGCGCGUCUACGAGUUGCAGUCGCACAACCAGCUACAGGUGUACGGUGGACACAAGGACAUGGUGAUGUGUAUGGCUUUGCACAAGGGCAUGAUCUACACCGGCUGCUACGAUGGGAGUGUGCAGGCCGUCAGGCUCAACCUGAUUAAGAACCAUCGCUGCUGGUGGCAGGGCUGCUCUGUGGUAUUUGGUGUGAUGGAGCACCUACAGCAGCACGUGCUCACUGAUCACGUCAGUCCGAGCUUCCAUACGCUCAGGUGUCGCUGGAGGAACUGCGACGCAUUCUUCAGCACACGUAAUAACUCCAAGCAGGACGCCCCCAAACACAUGCUGAGACACACAGAGGAGGACUGUAAGCUGGAUACCUGAGGGGGGGCACAGUGGUGAACAUUUUACCUCCCAUAUUGGGCGGAUAUCAAUGGUCAAAGAGGUUUCGUCAAAUGAUACAUACAUAUGAAACAAUGUUUGUAUCAUAAAUGCCAUAAAUGCUUAAAUACAUGACUUAGAGUAUAAUACUAUUUCAACAGCCUAUUGAUUAGCAGAAGACAUUUUCUGCAUUUUGGUUUGAAAACAGUAUCUCCUGUGGUUUGGUUUUAAAAAACGACUGGAUCUGUUUAUGUACCAGAAGUAAACUUAUGCCUAGAACAUAUACAGUGUUUCUUACUAUAACUCUCUGUCAUGGAUUUGAUAAAAACUGUAACCCUAUAUUAUAUGUUUUGACUGGACGUAAAGUGACCAGGUGGAACCAAAGCGGCCCCCUUCCUUUCUGAUACUGUCAUGUGGGCUUUUGCAAUUUCUAAAAACUCCCAGUUUGCUCUGGGAACCAGUGAAGAGGUAUGGAGGAGAGGGGAGGUUGGUCUCAAGUAGAAGUAUGAAAGCGUUUUAUUUUAUUAGGAAUCCUCUGUUUCCUGCUUCCACUUCUAUAAUCCCAGCUGCCCUUGUUUAUUUUAUAUUAUUAUAAAAUUAUAUAUUAUUUAUCUUAACGUUUUUCAACCUUAGUAUUGAGUGGCACAUUAGCUAAAUUGAAGUUAAACUUAUGUUAACAGGAAACUUGCAAUAAAUGUUGUUACAUUUAGUUUAUUGUGUGUUAAGGAAUACCAGUAAUUGUGAAAAGUAACAAUUUAAAAUUGCUUUCCCCCUUAAAAUGAAUAUUAUAUCAAUUAAUUAAAAACAUUUGCCACUAGUCCUUAAACAAUUAACCAUACCCUUAAUUUAAAAUAAUUUCAAAUUUCUAUAUUAAUUUUAAAUCUGUCUCAAAGAGGUUCAGUGGAACACCUUUAGACAUAGUAUCUGCCCUUAGAACCAAGGUUUAGAAACAAUGUUAAGGUUGAAUCACUGCACAGUAGUGCUGAACAAUUCAGCCUCUGUAUCCUAGCAACCAUAUUCCACUGCUUGUUGAUGUAGGGGGGUUGUUCCUCCUUCUGUUACUACGUAUAUAUUUUACUGAUUGUGUAUGAGGAACGUUUCCAGUUCUUAAACUGCAGACCAAAUGAUGCCGAGGAAAAUAAAACUUUAAAAAGAAACUUAAAGACAGGUACAAGAAUCUAAUUGCUGUCUUUAAAACAGCAUAAAACACACAGAACUUUGAAAAUCUUGAUAGUAGUUGAUUGUAUGGCAUGGAGAGGAAUAUGCUUUGUUGUCAUUUUUAAAUGAGUGACGAAAUUCGUGUUAGUGUUUUUGUUGAGGUUCUGCUGCUGAGUUUUUGGCUGCCACUGUGAAAUGCUUCCCCUUCACAACUGAAGCAGCUCUGGACUGGAUUCCUGUAGGAGAUAUUUGCACUGCAGAUAUAAAGGCCAAAGCAAAUGGAUAUUUAGACUGCAGUGGGUUUUGCCUAAAUUUUGAAGUUUUAGUUUGGAGCAUUAUAUCUUUUUAAGCCUUUAAAACUUCAUCUAAGACUUCAUUUCAUUUACACUUGCUUAGGAAUUUUUGAUUCUUAAUCUGCCAGUUAAGUUGUUUGCCAGUUCCUGAGUGCAGUGAAGCUCUUUGUUGUAAAACUCAGUUUGAGGAUGUUGUGAUAGGAUUUCGGUUUGCAGUGAUGGUAAGAGAGCAGAGUAGUAUUGGUUUUAUGUGUUUGAAAAGAUUACUGUGUGUUUGAGUCUACACUAAUGGUGUGAACGCCUGUUGAGAUUUAGGUUUUAAGGCAAGGAUAAUGGGAGUGGUUGUUUUUAAAAGUGUGAAUCAUUGAGGUGCCUCAAGUGUCCCAAAACAAGGUUGCAUUUUUGUAUUUGUUUUUGAUAUUGUUCAUUAUUUAUAAUGUUCCUAUUAGAAAUAAUGAAACAUAAGGUGGCAUUGCACACGUAGUGCAAGGGACCUUAGGAAGGUCCUCACUUGUGUGCCUUUCCCAGUGGUUUCUGGGUAAUCUUUCUAAACAGUUAAUAUUUUAAAAUAAAUUAAUAAUAAAUAAUUGAAAAGACUUAAGUCUUUACUAUAAUGACAUGAUUUACUCUGAUGUGGCUUGGCUUUUCCAAAUUCAACUUAAUAAUCAAUUUAAUGUAGCAAGACUGAUGACAAAUUACUGUUUUAAGGAUGAUUUAAAGUUGAAGUUGUUUUGCAUAAGCUCAGUUGAUAAGUGCAAUGUUUUUCUUGUUAAUGACUGCGAGGAGGCAGAAAGAGUAAAAAGGGAAGAGCGACGAUGCUCGUUCCCAUUGGAAAAGGGUUUUACUCCACUAUUUUAGGUGUGUGAGAGAGCAGACAGUGACGGGAAAUGCGAAGGUAGACGUAGGGUGUGGGGAGAGGACACUGCAGCAGACCUCCGUGCCGUACUCCGAGCGUGGCAGCUCACGGCAGUGAGACUACAUGAGUAUGAUGGCAGCUGGUGCGCAGUGAGAUGGGUUACGUUACGUCACUGGCUGUGAAAUGACACUGAGCUGCCUUUUGUCCUGCUAUCUAUCGCCUUCUACAAGUAUUCCCUCAAUAGCCGUGCUGUUGCUUUCACAUUCUGCAGAGUGAAACAUAAGCAUGCAUUUUUUUUCCUCUUACCUGUUCUUUUUGAGUUUCUUUGACGAAGUAUUUUUUCCUACAGACUGCUUUUUUCUGUGCCAAGCUGUGAACUUGACAGACUUUUUGUAAUAUUACAAAUAUAAACUCAUUUAAAACA